CUCAAGGAGCUUUUCUGUACCACCUUCUGAACCGCUUCUCCAGUCUUUACUCCUUCUCUGUACCAACUAGGGAACCCUAGCCGGCCCUUGAGGAUCAAUAGGUCCGACAGGGCAACUCAGUCUUCCUGUAUCAAGCUAUCUUGUUCUGCACAAAAGAGUUCCUUCGUGCGGCUUUUACAUGGUUAUCGUAUAAACCCCUGUAUCCCAUCAGAGAGAUUUACGCUUUGGCUUCUUCUACCUUGGUCAACUUCCUCAAAGAAUAUCUCCGGAAUAUGGAGCGACCCAGCAUCUCCUUAUCUUGUCGACAGAGUGACUCCAUAAUAGAAACUACAAUGGCUGCCCACUUCACAACAGGGCAUGGGAACAUGUCGUCAAGACGGCCGGCUUCGAGAGCCAAUUUCUCAUAUCCUAGACUUAGUCGUCAUGAGUCAAAUGAGAGCCGAUCAUCAAAUGGCUCAGUACCAGGCAUGACGGAUGCUUCAGACUCCGACAUAUCCUUUGAUGAUGACGGGAGCUACAAUACAUCGGCAGGCGAGCUAUGGGAUAGCUUUUGGCCUGAGAAUACAGAAACGUCAUCAAGUUACCGAUUCUCCCAAGAAAGCCGGGUUUCUCUGCUACAACCUAGACAACACAAAGGCUACUUGGAUAUUGAUCCGAUGUGCCACCAGUCUGGUGUUGUAGAUGACGAAGCAAUCAAGGCUACUAUUAGAGGGUACGGGUGGCAGGAAGAGGAACCUCCUUCACCCCGAACUAUAACCCAACCACCACCAUCACAACCUACGCCACUGUUGACUACACCACCACGACCGGCACCUAAGAGAAGCCCCGUGACGUACUCUGUCUACCCCAAGCCACCAGUGUUCAACAUACCAAGACUACCACACCCUCCACGGACUUCAUCGCUAAGUUUCGAACCACCCUCGCCACCACGACGACCUUCGUUUCUCAGGGGUAGCAGAUCAAGCGCAGCUUUGAGAGCCAGCAAAUCGACACAUAACAUGCAUUCCCUUUUUAUCGCACCAACAACCACACAAUCUAACAAGGCAGCCUCAUCACAGCAGCGUUCAUCAGCGGCAAUGAACACGGCAGCAUCAGUGCCAGUAUCCCCAGUAUAUCCGCCACCGCCCACACCCAGGACUCUCCGCCCCAGUACAUCGGCAUUUAACCUCCGAGACAAGGUUCGGAUGCGCAGCAACACCAGGGGUUCAUCAUCGCGGGAUCAUGUAACAGCACCGCCACCACAACUUCUCCCCUCUCCGCUGCCGGAGCCCAUGCCCACGCGCCCUCAAUUUGUCUCCGUCUUCGAGCUAGACUCUGACUCUGACUCCGAGACCGACGCAGCAGCAGAGGAGAGUCGCAGCUUCGCCAGACGGUGGGCCAGGGGCUUGCACAAGAGAAGCACGGUUGAAAAGCGAGGCGCCGCCGCUGAGCGAAAGGUUAGCAGCAGUGCUCGUGGAUAUGGUGGCGGGCCAGUUUCAACAUCAGGCGCUGAUUCUGGCGACAAGGAUGGCGACGAGAGGUUAAGGGAUGGUGGCAGUCUCAGCCGCAAGCGCGGGGGCAGCCUAGGUCGAAUAUUCGGAUUCAUAGGCCGGUGAAGCCAGGACAGCCACUUGCUGUUGAAGCAGUUGCCACCGCCUGCUCCCCACCCGGCCAACACUAUUUCCUGCAGCCUCGUCGAUGGCGCACUGCUAACUGGUCAGCUCAUUUGCGAGUACGCCAACACGCCCACAGGGCUGAGUCGCUACGCCAGUUUCCU